AUGUCAUACGGAUUCACUUUUGAUGAUAUCAAGGACCUGUCCGGUAAGGUCGCCAUCGUUACAGGCGGCAACUCCGGUCUAGGCGAAGUAAUUGCCCGCGAACUUGCCCGCAAGCACGCAAAGGUCUACAUUGCAGCGCGGUCGCCCGCCCGCGCGGAGCAAGCGAUCGCGCGCAUCAAAGCCGCGCUAAGCGACGUCGACGGACUCGACGACAACCUGCUCUUUCUCGAGCUUGAUCUCGAGACAAUGAAGGGCUCUGUGGCGGCCGCAAAGUUUUUCAUGAAGCUUGAGAGUCGGCUGGAUAUUUUGGUGGCUAAUGCUGGGUUGGGUGCUACUAAAUCCGAGCUGACACCAGAUGGAUACGAACGCAACUUUGGAGUAAACCACCUCGGUCAUUUUGCAUUCAUCACCACUCUCCUCCCACUGAUUGAGAAAACCGCAACCGAGCACCCGGAGUCCGACAUCCGGAUCGUCCUGCAAUCCUCGACGAUCCACUACCGAGCCACAAAGAUCGACUACUCCGACGUCACCAAGACAUACAAGUCCUCUUGGUCUGCCCUGACCCUUCAGGAAAUGAUGGGCCGCUACGCGCGGUCCAAACUCGCAAACGUGUACUUGUCGCGCGAACUCUCGGAGCGGCUGAAGGAUUACAAGAAUAUCUACGUGAACGCGUGCCAUCCGGGCCUGGUGUACACCCACAUCUUUGACCUCUCGACCUCGCCUUUGCCGUCAUGGAUGCAGUAUAUCGGCUCCAGGCACGCCUGGCUGUGCGGCGUCCCGCUCGACGACGGCGUCAAAACCGCGCUGUUCCUUGCAACCGACAAGCGCGUGGUCACAGAGAAUAUCAAAAAGGUGUUUAUGUACCCCGGACCGCAGACCCCUCUGGCGGGAUUUUUCUACUGUAGCAGCGUGUUCCCGAAGCCUUUGAAUAGCAUUGGCUCGGACGAUGAGGAGGCGAGGAAGUUGUGGGAGUUUUCGGAGCAGGCGCUGGCCAAGGCUACUGCGUCGUAG